AUGGACGAGCGUCAGAAAGAAAGAAGGUAGAGAAGGCGGGCAGCGGGACUUAGCUAACACUAACGCUGUCAGCUUGUUUAUCAGAGCUUUAGUGCUGUGUUAACGACAUUGAUGCUGCACUUUCAGCAAAAUUAACGCAGAGUGUUCACCUUGAAGUGUGACUCAACAGAAACUUCGUUUAGAGAUAAAAAAAAAAGACAAUGUGUUGUGAGCGGGGAUAGAGAAAAGACAAAAAGGGCAUCUGACCGAAUCAGCAGCCGCCACCGCUCGUGCUGUAGUCUGUGUGUGGGACGCCGUCAGUUCAGUAGCACAGAGCGAGCUCUGCUGUCGAGCACAACCAGCUGAUUUCUGUCAGUAAAAGCAGCAGAAGGGGAGAAACAGCAGGCUGUCAAAAUGAAAUUCACAGAACAUCUCUCAGCUCACAUCACGCCCGAGUGGAGGAAACAGUACAUCCAGUAUGAGGCAUUUAAGGAGAUGCUGUAUGCUGCCCAGGACCAAGCUCCAUCCAUUGAAGUGACAGAUGAUGAUACAGUCAAGAGGUAUUAUGCCAAGUUUGAGGAGAAGUUUUUCCAGACUUGUGAGAAAGAGCUGGCCAAAAUCAAUACCUUCUAUUCUGAAAAGCUGGCCGAGGCUCAGCGACGAUUCGCCACGCUGCAGAACGAGCUGCAGUCAUCGCUGGAUGCCCAGAGGGAGAGCUCUGCCACCGGGCUGGGCCUCAGAAGAAGGAAAACUGUGUUCGCCCUUUCACAGAAGGAGAGAUGCAAACAUAGAAACAUUAAGGAUCUGCAGCUGGCCUUCUCCGAGUUCUACCUCAGUCUUAUACUGCUGCAGAAUUAUCAGAACUUGAACUUCACAGGAUUCAGGAAGAUUCUCAAGAAGCAUGACAAGAUUCUGGAAACUUCCAAAGGGGCAGAUUGGAGGGUGGCCCAUGUUGAAGUGGCUCCCUUUUAUACAUGCAAGAAGAUCACUCAGCUCAUCUCUGAGACUGAGGCUCUGGUCACAACUGAGCUGGAAGGCGGCGACCGGCAGAAGGCCAUGAAGAGGCUGAGAGUUCCUCCACUGGGAGCUGCACAACCUGCUCCAGCUUGGACCACCUUCAGAGUGGGACUUUACUGUGGAGUAUUCCUCGUCUUGAUUGUCACUGUUGUCAUUACAGGAGCCGUGAAGAUUAGUGGUUCUAAAGUCUGGCCUGUGGUCAGGAUCUACAGAGGAGGCUUCCUGUUAAUAGAGUUUCUCUUCCUUUUAGGCAUCAACACUUACGGCUGGAGGCAGGCAGGAGUUAAUCAUGUCCUCAUAUUUGAACUUAAUCCCAGAAACAAUCUCUCCCACCAACAUUUGUUUGAGAUUGCAGGCCUGUUGGGGGUGCUAUGGUGCGUCAGCUUGCUGUCAAGUCUUUUCUCUGAUAACAUCAGGAUUCCAAUGCAGGCCAAUCCUCUGGUUCUUUAUGGCGUCUUUUUCCUGUUUCUCAUCAACCCGUCAAAGACCUGUUACUACAAGUCCCGCUUCUGGCUGCUCAAGCUACUGUUCAGAGUGGUGACCGCUCCAUUUCAUCAUGUUGGAUUUGCAGACUUCUGGCUGGCUGACCAGUUAAACUCUUUGGUGGUGGUUUUGAUGGAUCUGGAGUACAUGAUCUGUUUCUACAGCUUUGAGCUGGAGUGGACAAAAGAGGAAGGACUUUACAGUGACACAGAAAGCGUGUGUAACACCUACUCCUAUGGCGUGCGGGCGGUCAUCAAGUGUCUUCCUGCGUGGUUCCGAUUCGCCCAGUGUCUGCGGCGCUAUCGGGACACCAAGCGAGCCUUUCCUCAUCUGGUUAAUGCUGGGAAGUACUCCACUUCCUUCUUUGUCGUGACUUUCUCCGCCCUCUACAGCACACACAAAAACUCCGAACCUGAACACAAGAUCUACCUGUACUUGUACAUUGCCUGUUUAAUUGUAAGCUCUUGUUAUACACUGAUCUGGGAUCUGAAGAUGGACUGGGGCCUGUUUGACCGAAAUGCAGGAGAGAACACCUUCCUACGGGAGGAGAUAGUCUACCCGCACAAGGCUUAUUAUUACUGUGCUAUAGUGGAGGAUGUGCUCCUGCGUUUCGCCUGGGUUUUCACAAUCACUCUCACCUCGCUCACGAAGUUUCAAAAGAUGGCCGACAUUCUGUCUACUCUGCUGGCUCCGCUGGAGGUCUUCAGACGCUUCGUGUGGAAUUUUUUCCGACUUGAGAACGAGCAUCUGAAUAACUGUGGUGAGUUCAGGGCGGUCCGAGACAUCAGUGUGGCCCCUCUCAACGCCGAUGACCAGACGCUGCUGGAGCAGAUGAUGGACCAGGAGGACGGAGUCAGGAACCGGCAGGGCAAGAAAAGCUGGAAAAGAAGCUACAGCAUGAGUCUGCGCCGGCCACGGCUGGCCUCACAAUCAAAGACUCGCGACACCAAAGUUCUGAUUGAGGACACCGAUGAUGACUCCUGACAUCAGGCCACGCCCCUCGCUUGGGUCCAGAAUUUAUUCAAAGGAGGAAACUCUACCUCCUAAACUAGAGAUUACCCAGCGAGCGGGCGUCAAACUCAAGAACGGGACGAGGUUUGACCUCUGAAUCAUUUUCUCAUCCACAAGCCUCUGCUGGGGUUCACAGUUAUUUCAAGGAAAGAAUUGUCUGCGUUUUAAAGCAGCUCUGCGGCUCCUCCACCUUCAAUAAAAACUUUUCCCGACCCAGUGUGGGCAUGAUCCUUCCUGAUGAUUAUCCAGCAUUAAAUUCCUCGAUUAUGACCUCUGUUCAUUUGGACCAAACAGUGAGAGAAAAUCUCUUCUUCCUGAACAAGAAAACUGAGACUGGCUCUUCCUCUUCCCCUCCAUCAUGAAGCAGCAGACUGUUCUGAUCAAUAUAUGCCAAGCCAACCACUCCGCCUGACCCCACCUCGUCAUCACAAAGCUGCCUUUUGCACCUUACAUGCUUUGGAAACACCAACAUGCACUUUGUAGAAAAACUCAUCUACUAGAGCAGUGAUUCAUUUCAAUGUAUCUGCAUGUAUGAGGAACCCAGGGUGACGAUCAACACACUGACUAUCAUCAGACAUGUUUGUAAUCAUGAGACAAACUCAUUUGGUCGAGUUUAUGAAAAUUUUCAGAAACAAUCAAGCAGAAAAAAGAGUGAAGAUCUGACUGUUUGGAACAGCAGCUGGAAUGAAGUUUCUUAUGAAACAAUUAAGAUCCCACUGCCAACUUCCACUGGGAAUGUGUGAAGAAAUAUUUUCUGUUAGAAGACAGUUCUCCUGAAUGUGUGUGUGUGUGUGUGUGACUGAGAGAAAUGCCCAAACACCACCUGCUAACUCAGUGUCUGUCCUCAGAAAUCCAAACUGAAAGUCUAAGGGCCCAGAACAGGAAGGCUAAUUGUUCUAUUGUUAGCACUUGUUUAGUUGAAGUACAUUAAUGAUGAUGAAGAGGGGAGGUCACCUGUCUGUCCCACACUCAUUUACACUGCCAACAUGAUCAUAAGAGUGAAAAGAUGCAUUCGCUGCAGGAUCAUAUGGCAAAUGAAAUCAUCCAGUUUGGAAUCUACCAUAGAACUGGUGCUAGUGGUGAGCUGGUGCUGUCCCAACAUCAGCUCAUUGGGCCCAAAGAAAGUAUUCAAACCCAAUUUACUGUUUAUGCAUACCAAAGUUUUACUUUGCUUACAUUUACCAAUAAAUAAAUUAUUUACCAAUAAUUAGCUAAUUGGAUCUCCCUUUAUUUCUAAAGUACAUUUAAAAGCAUUCUAUUUGAAACAAAAUGCUGUCCAUUAGGCGUGGAGUUAAUAUUAGAGUUAUAGCUGUUUUUUAAAAAAUUUAAAGCAGUAAUGUAAAGUUUUAAGCCUGUUAAGUUGAGCAGUAAUGCAGUGAGUGUAAGCAACACUGAGAUUAAUCACAGGUUAUGUCUGAGGAACACAGGUUGUUGUCUCUGUUAAGAAAUGUUCUCCACCUGAACAUUUCUGCUUCAAAAGCAAGAAAUCUGUGUCAGAAUUCUGAUGACCCGUCCACGGGUUCUGCCUCAACUCUUCAUAGGUUUUAAGAUGUAAUCACUGUGACUGACUGAUCUGUUGGUGUUUUGUUACUGAAAAUCUUGGCUUUCUGUUAAAAAAUUACCAGUCAGCAGUUCUGUAGUAGAAGGAGUUAUCAGACACAUCUUCCAUGACCCAGUGUGUGCUGGACCUCACUAGGAACACCCAGAAUAAGAUGGAAGUAAUUGGAAGUUAAACCAUGGUGGAAAUGUUAACUGAUCUGCCUCCAAGGUGCUGCUGGGAACCUGUAUACAUUUGAGCUAACAUGCACACUCCCAUCAUAGUUUUCAUUUGAAGCUAGUAUGUCGUCCUAAUGUCACCAGCCAGGUUGUGUAAACUGAAACAUCUCCUUAAGGAGUCCUGUAAGGAUGAAUGUUUUCUGUUUGUCAGUGAGCAGCACUGGAUGCUAAUGCAGUUCAUGUUUUUCAUGUCUUUGCAGCUCAUAUCGUAGCCUUUGUUCGAACACAAUAGAGCAGAACCUUUAGAUUCUGGUGGUACAAAGAGGCUGAUGAUACUUUGUGUCUAAUGUUGUGGAUUUCUACCUGGUUGAACAUUGGAGAGCCACUUGGACUUUUGUCACACUUAGUUUCUUUACUGGUUGGUUUAACCAAGAGUGCAGAAAGGAAGAUCCAUGCCAUUUUGAUCAGAAGGAAGCUGGCAUGUGAGUUGGCUCCUCCUCCUGUUGGCUGGCUGGCUCUGCUGUAGAGAGAGGAUGAGGAGCUCACCUUCAUAUUUUCAGUAGUUACAAUUAGAUCAUCAUCAUAAAAACUCUUGAGGGGUUUUGGCUGUUAAUGUCAGCAUUUUGGACCAUAUAAGUGCUGUUUAGUUUUGUGUGUGGACGUUUCCUUGUGUUUUGAUGAGGGAACAGUUGCAGAGCCAUAAGGUGGAGCCUCAGUGUUUCCCACUAAGGCCUGAGAUAAGUGGGAAGUGAUUUGAACUCAGGAUAUUUUCAGCAUGUUUGCACCUUCACCUGCUGAUUGUAAAGCAUCACAGCAGCUUCAUGGCUGCCUGUCACACAUUCCUGCCCCUUAUUGUCAAUUGUACAUUAACUUAAAAUCUCCAGUAUUUUACAUUGAGAAAAUGGACCAAUAAGUUGACUGAUCUAAAUUUAUUAAUUCUUUCACUUAAAUUGUUUCAGCUUCAUUUAGGUCAUGUUAAAGUUUUAUAACAUUCCAUAGAAAGAUGCAUUCUGUCAAACAGCAGCCCAUCAUGAGUAAAGACGCUUAACACUGGCUCAGACAGAUGACUUAUCCUUCCUUUUUCUUCCUUCUGUUACAUAUUUCCCAAAUCAAAGAGUCGCCCAUGUCAUCAAAAUCCUUGAAAAUGCUUGUUGUAAUUUUUAUUUCUUCCGUUUGUCUUCAGAUACAAAGUUCACUUAGGUCUUACCAUUUGGUAAAAGCAAUGUUUUCUUAAGUUAUGGGCCAUAACAUGUUUUUUAAAAUGUUUUUAUUUUAGAAAAGGUGUUAAAGAACUUUGAUUUCAAUGGUGGAAUUUGCAGGACCAAACCCAAAUUGUUUCAGAAUGUCUUAGGAAUGUCACAGUUGAAGAUCUGAAUCAGGAGUAUGUUGCUCUAUAACGACGAUCCCAACCAAUUCCUGGCAAGGCUCCAGAGGAGACUGGAACAAUCAGAAAGCCGUGCUUUGCUUCUGCCUUCGGGGAACUCUGUGGAGUUUUCUCUGGCCUGUUCUGAUAAAGAGGUCACUGUGUCAAAUACAUGAGUCAGAAACUGUAGAAACAUGAAGAAUUUAAGUUGCAUGUCUGCAGAAUCCUAAACUGACUUUGGACUGAGCAAUAAGUCAACAGUGUUACAGUGUCAAUUGUUGAGAAACAGUGCUCUGAUUAAUUCAAUGUUCUCUGUAUGCAUCACUCGGCAAUCAGGGUUGCUUCUGAGGUCUACUGAGCCGACUGCUUCAGGCCAACACCUUCCUCUCUGCUCCAUCUGUCCCUCUGGAAGGCUUCCCCCCCAUGAUUUUCCAAAGUGUGACUUUUCCUUGGUUGAUGAACAGACUAUGGACACAUCUACUAACCGGUGUCUGCUUCCAGGAAAACUUAUGAUGCUCUUGGUCAGUGGAUGAUGUUACAAACUGAAUGAAAGUUACUGACAGUUUAUAUGUGACACUUAUGACUUUCAAAGAACAGAUGAUUAAAAAAAAAUCAACUUUCACAGCGAUCAACACUUAUGACAUUAUCGGGUUUGUUUGUCUCUGCUAACCAGUUUUUGAAAAGAACACAGACGACUUUAUCCACACCCUUAUCCUACUGCGCCACACUCUGGAACUCCUGAUUACAUCUUAUAUAUGUGUGUAAAUAUAUAUAUAUAAUUAUGAAAUGAUUGAGAAGUGUAUAAUCAAUGACUGUGGUAUUGUUGUCUUGUCUGUAUGUUAGCAGUGUGAUGAUACAGAGGUGCCUGGUUCACCAAACUGUUCCAAUUUUGUAGUAAAAAUGGCUAAAGUUGCAAA